AUGUGUGUCUCUGCCGCUUACUUCUUCUCCCGCCUACGAAAUCUCUCCCCCACCCUCAAGCUCAUCGCUUUUGGUGCUGCGUUGUAUCUCUUUUAUAGCACUGUAAAUUUCUUCCCAGCUCGCUCCGUCACGCCGGUCCCAUCCCCGUUAUCCACUCUGGACGAAAUCGAUCGACUUGAACUCGUUGUCGCCAGCACGAAGAACGACAACACAUCCUGGUUGUAUGAGUACCUUCCAGAAUUCAAGAAGAAUAUAUAUGUCACCGACAACCCCCAUGCCAAGCUGACCGUGCCAGAAAAUAAGGGGAGGGAGGCAAUGGUUUAUCUGACGUAUAUAAUCGAUCAUUACGACCGCCUCCCAAAGCACCUUAUUUUCAUUCACCCAGAGCGGUACCAAUGGCAUAACGAUGACCCGCUUUUCGAUAACGUCCCCCUUCUGCAAAACUUCCAAGUCUCCUUCCUCACCAAACAAGGCUAUCUCAACCUCCGCUGCGUCUGGCUUGUAGGUUGCCCCGAGGAGAUCCGCCCGUUCAUUGACCCCCACAUUAACCUGGGCGAAAUCCACACCGGCACCAUUUACCAAGCCAGUUUCGAAGAGCUGUUCCCAGGCACCCCCGUCCCGCAGAGAGUCGGGGUAUCGUGCUGCGCCCAGUUUGGCGUCACUCGCGAGCAAAUUCUCAAACGACCCAAAGAGGAAUACGAGCAUUUCCGUCAGUGGCUUCUCAGCACCCCACUUCCAGAUGAAUUGAGCGGGCGCGUCUUCGAGUAUUCAUGGCAUGUUAUCUUUGGACGCAAAGCGGUUUAUUGUCCCUCGGCGCGGGAAUGUUACUGCAAACAAUACGGACUCUGCAACCUCAGAUGUAGGAAUGUUGGGACUUGCGAAAAACGCUACAUCUUUCCUCCGUUCAUCGGUUUGCCAAAAGGCUGGCCCAACUCCGACUGGUAUGGGAGGCCCCUCCACGACGAAUUCCCCUUUUGGCUCCCACUUCCAGAAGGGGUUGAGGACAAGAAGGAGGCUGACAAUGUCUUUUGGAGACAUUGGGAUAAUUUUGAUGAUUGGGGUUGGGACGAUUGA